AUGUCUGUCAAAAUCAAAAAGCCAGAAGACCUACUGCCAUUAAUAACUUCACCACUUCCGAAAUCUCGAUUCACAUUCAAAAAUUUACGCGAUUUAAACAAUCCCAAAUACGCGUAUUUACUGCCGUUAUCGACAAUUGCUCUAGUUGAUUUAAAUGCCUUUUUCGCUCAAGUGGAGACCAUUCGUUUGGGUCUUACGGAAGAUGACCCAGUGGUAUGUCAGCAAUGGAAAGCCAUCAUUGCUGUCAGUUACGCAGCACGUAAAUAUGGAAUCAAUAGAAUGGAUACGGUGGCAUCAGCAAGGGAAAAAUGUCCCAAUGUAGUAUGUGCUCAUGCUGGUGUUUACAAAAAGGGAAGUAAAAAUUGGACAUAUGAAGAAGGCCAGCCUGAUCCGGCUCAUCAUAAGGUUAGUUUGGAUAAUUAUCGACGUGAAAGUCGGAAAAUUAUCCGACUUAUCCAGAGCAAAUUUGAUUUUGUGGAAAAGGCAAGUGUUGAUGAAAGUUAUAUUGACUUGGGAAGACCCGUUUAUGGAACCCUUUUGGAAAAGUUUCCUCAGUUGAAAUGUCGUAUUUCUGAUGCUAGUGACGACGAGGUACUACCGAGUAUCCCUGAUAAGCUCCCGCAAGAUAUACAAUGGUAUGGAACUAUCAUUGAGUCAGAAAAGGAACUCGCUGACCCUCAAGAUAUACAGGCGCCGCAGAUUUUUGACUGGGAUGAUGUCGUACUCGCUAUUGGCUCAGAAUUGUUAUUGGACCUACGACAAUCAAUCCAUGAUGAGUUGGGAUACACUACAUCAGCAGGCUUAGCGAGAAACAAACUAGUUGCAAAAUUGAGUGGUGGGUUUAAGAAACCUGAUGAUCAAACAAUUGUAAGAAACUGCGCCUUGAACCGGUUCCUAAACAAUUUCGAAUUGACUGAUGUUACUGGUAUGGGUGGUAAAUUGGGUGAACAAUUGAUUAAUAGAUUUGGUGUUCCACCUGAUAGGAAUUCAAUUGCAUUCAUUAGAGAAAAUUAUAGUUUAUCCCUGGUUAAAGAAGAAAUCAAAGAGGAUCCAGACUUGGCUUUAAAGUUGUACAAGAUUGUUCGAGGAUUACACCCAUCUGAAUUGACCGAUAGAGUUGAAAUCAAAUCAAUGAUGUCAACUAAAAAUUUCCUUGGAACCAGGAACUGGACAUUGGCCGAUGCUUAUGAUUGGUUGACUGUAUUUUCAGGUGAUUUAAGUAACAGGUUAACCGAUUUAGAUAACGAAUCAAUGGAGUUAUCAUUGACAAAAAUGUCAAAUAAGGAAAAGGGAGUUAUACGAAGACCAAAAACUAUUACAAUUGGUGUGCGCUCAGCAUCAUUUGUAAGACAAACAAGACAAAUGCCAAUACUGUUUCAUAAAGAAAUUGAUAAAAUGAGAGAAUCAAUUAAAAACUGUGGAUUUCAACUACUUCGUGAGUACUUGGAACAUAAUUCAAAUAUCACCAUACUUAAUGGAGGCAAAUCUGCACGAGAAUUGUACAAUAGUGACCCAAAAUUGGUGAGGAUAAUGGAUAUGCAUAAUUUGUCAUUAACAAUAUCCAAUUUUGUUGCUUUAAAUGAUUCAGCAUUGAUUGAAUCGUUUGCGAAAAGGGGAAAGUCACGAGCAGAUAGAGAAUUGAUGGAAAUCAAUGCUUCAUAUAAGAAAAGGAAAACUGAGGCGGGGACCAAAAUAGUUCUUUCGAAGAAAUCAAAUCCUAUUACACUAGAACAGAAAGAAACAAUAUCAAAGUUAUUUCAAGACUAUGAACGAAGCAAUACACUGGAAUCUACAACUAAAGCAACUUCAAAUUCGAAAUCACGCAAGAAUGUAAGUCCACCAAACCAACCCGCCAAAAAAGACAUUUUCCAAACUUUACAAAAGAAACCUGCAAAUUUACUUGAUUCCCUAAUACAAGAUAUGUAUUGUCCUCGUUGCAAGACUUCAAUUCAAGACCCAGUAGAACACAACGAUUUUCAUAUUGCUUUGGAUUUAUCAGAAAAAUGGAAUAACUGA